AUGUCAUUAACAGUACGACAACCAACUGAAGAAACUUAUUGGAAUUUUAAAACAAAUUCUCAAAACAAUGGUAUAUCAACAAUGUCUAUAAUAUCACAAACGGAUUCAUUAGUGAUCACUAAUGUUAAUGAUGAUAAACUUUAUAGUAUAGAUAUUAAUGAUCCAUUUAGAGUUGAUAGAACUGUUGUUACUGGAGUUGAAAUACCUAAUGUUACAGUAAUAGAUACAUUAGAAUUUAAUUGUAUUGCUGCAUCUAGAGAUAUAGUAUCAUUAAUUGAUUUAGAAAUUGGUGAAAAAAAUUAUGAUUUUUAUAAUACUCCGAAAAGACAAGAACGAGAUAUUAAUAAAAAUACAAUUAUUGAUUGUAAAUUUAUUAAUAAUCAAUUAAUGGCAACAUGUGGGAAAAAUUCUCAAUUACAUUUAUUUGAUAUUAGAGUUAACAGUAAUGAUGGACCUAUUAGUGAUAUUGGUUUUGUUAAUUAUAGAUUUAAUGACGGAGAUUUAAAUUGUAUUGGAUAUAAUGGAGAUUAUAUUAGUGUUGGAAAUUCAUUAGGUCAAAUAUAUUCAUUAGAUUUAAGAAAUCUGCAAAUUAUUGAAGAUAAAGUUUCAAAUGAUUCAAUUAUAUCUUUACAACAAUCAAAUGAUUCAUGUAUAUUUAUUGAUGAAAUUGGUGAUUUAAAAAUAUAUGAUAUUACUAAUGGGAAUUAUUUAUUACUGCAAAAUAUAUCAGGAGGAAGGAAAUCAUUAAUUGGGAAAAGUAGUAAUAUUGAAUAUAUUAAAGAUUAUAAUAAAAUUAUAACUCGAUCAAAUAUUAAUGAUAAUCAAGUACAAAUCUUAACUAUUGGAGUUAAUAAUGAUAUUAAUAAAAGUGGUAAUGAUUUACCUUAUUAUUGUAAUGAACAAAUUACCAAAUCAAUAGAAAUUGAUGAUAAAUCAAUUAUGAAUAUAAAUGAAAAAUCUACUAUUAAUUUUACAAAAUAUAAUAAUUAUUCCAAUAGAUUAUUAGCUAGUGAUGAUAAAGGUACAAUUCAUAUUUGGAAUAAUGCAUUUUAA